AUGAAGUUGGCAUUUUUACUUGGUGUCGUGGCCCAAUUGGCCAUGGGUGUGAUGUCCUAUUCGAUUCAGUCGGGGCUUGCGAGAGUGAACGAGGAUAUUGUUCAGUAUGGAGAGGCAGAAAUUCAGCUGAUCAGACUGCUCACGUUGGAGAAUAUGAAAGAUAAACUUGACGUAGAACUCAAAUUAGAUUACAAAGAUGUGACGAAAAAGCCCCAUCAGUUUGUCAUUACUCUUGGUGAUGAUAAUGGUCACGACUUGCUGUUUGUUCCCAACUAUUUGUCAGCCUACGAUGUGUACAAAUUGAGUAUUCCGGUGAAUAAGAUCCCUCUCAGUUUAAGAGUCAAAGACAAGCUUUUCUUGAAAGCUAUUGUUGCGAGCAGUGGACCUAAGAAGCACGGCGAAAAUUUGCGUCGUAAUUUGGCAGAAGUGAGAUUUGGAGAUGAUAUAAAGCUUACUGCGCAGCUGGCGUACGUACCUGCUGAGCGAUUUGGUUUAAAGCCAGAAAUUCACCACCAAUUUGCAUCUGAAGCUUCUACUGUGAAUGCAAUCAUCCCUAUAGUAUUCAGUGCUGGAGCAAUAGUUCUUCUUCUUGCGUUGCUAGUAUCGUGGGCGUCUCUUCUUGGAGAUGAUUUACUUCGUAACUUCACCAGAUUGAGCGGAGCUCAAGUCUUGAACCACGGAGUAUUCUUGACGGCUUUGGUUGGAUACGUGGCUGUGUUCUAUCGGUACUACUUGGGCACAUCCAUCUUCACCACCUUGUUCAAUGCAUUUGUAUUGACAGCUCCAACCAUCUUCUUCGGGUCGCGGUCGUUGAGAGACUUGGCCGUGUUCCGCAAACUCGAAGUGUCGUAG